UAGGACCUUUUUGAUAAUUUUCUCUCACAAUUUUUCCAAACCAAAGUUAAAAAAUCUUCACCCUUCACGGCCGUGUCAUAAAAAUGAGACUUUUACAGCUCCGGUGGAAGAACCCGGCGAAUAUAUCAUCAUCAUCAAACACUCCGCUUUCAUUUGGCCCAUUCAAUUCCACAACCCAAACCCGUUGGAAGAAACCCGCUAACACAGCCCAAACCCGCCUCGAAACCCGUACCCGUGACCCGAAUCUCGACAAACUCACAGCCCAAUACCGGAAACUCAAACUCAUCCUCAACCUCUACGACGUCGUAUCUUCAAGAAAACGCGGUCCUUUUGUCUCAGUUCAGUCACUCUCCAAAUGGGUCCCACAUGCCGGAAUUAACACCAUUACAACCGGUGAUCUUUUACGGAAAUACCCUCAUAUCUUCGAGGUAUUUACACACCCUGUUAGGAGAAAUUUAUGUUGUAAGUUUAGGGAUAAAUUUGUCAUUUUGCUGAAUCAAGAACAUGAUGUUGUGUUAAAAAAUGAAGAUGAGAAUGUGAUGAGGAUAAAGAAGAUUUUAAUGAUGUCUGUUAAUGGGAGAUUACAUUUACAUGCUCUUAGAUUGAUGAGGACUGAAUUGGGUUUGCCUGAAAACUUCAGGGACGAGAUAAUCAUUAAGUAUGAUGAAGUUUUUAGGAUGGUAGAUUUAGAGAUUGUUGAGUUAAUUGAUAGAAAUGAGAGUUUUGGGGUGGCAAAGGUUGAAUCUUGGAGGAAAAAAGAAUAUACUGAUAAAUGGUUGAGUGAAUUUGAGGUUAAAUAUGCAUUUCCUAUUCAUUUCCCUACGGGGUUUGUGAAAGAACCUGGUUUUAAGGAGAAAUUAAAGAAUUGGCAAAGGCUUCCUUAUGUUAUGCCUUACGAAAGAGAAUCCGAAGUUGUUCGAAAGCGUACAUUUGGAGGGAUUGAGCGGUAUGAGAAGCGAGCUGUGGCGAUUAUUCAUGAGCUUUUGAGCUUGACUGUUGAGAAGUUAGUGCCAGUUGAAAGGUUGGCACAUUUUAAGAAGGAUCUCGGGAUUGAAGUUAAUAUUCGUGAGCUGUUGUUGAAGCAUCCUGGGAUAUUUUAUAUAUCUACUAAAGGGAUUACUGAGAUUGUUUUUCUUAGAGAAGCAUAUAGUAAAGGGUGCUUGAUUGAGCCGAACUCGAUUUAUGACUUGAGAAGAAAACUGUUGGAGCUUCUCUUGUUGGGAAACCGUCAUACAAGAGAGUUGGCAGUGGAAAGGGAAGUGAAGGAUGAAAGUGAAGACAUGACAGAAGAUGAAAAUGGAUGGGAAAGCAGGGAGGGCGACUUUGUUGUUCCGAUUUUAGAGAGUUUUACUGAUGAUAACAACGACAGUUAAUGGUUACUUCUCUAAGGCAGAGUUGAUUGGCUUUCUGAGAUGGAAAUCAGUGAAGAGAGUCUAGAUACUGUAAGCUGGAAUUUUCUGCAAACUGAGAAUUGAUGAAAGGGCAUUUGGUAUUAGUUUUAGCAAAUGAGAAAGCGGUCAUAUUUGGGCUUCUCUACUGUAUUAUACUUGUCAGGAACCUUUGUUAUUUCAGUUGGUGCCUGUGCUGAAAGAUUUUGGAUUCUUCGCGUGUUUCAAUUAUGAUAGUUCCAACUAGAAUGUUUAACUUCUCUAAGGCAGAGUUGAUUGGCUUUCUGAGAUGGAAAUCAGUGAAGAGAAUCUAGGGAUGAUUGAAGACCCUUCCCAAUUCCAGAUAACUUUGCAGAAACAACUUCCAUGCCAUGGCAUAGAAUGGCGUCUGGUAUAAUAUUUUUGGAGUAAUGCACGUUUCUUUCUGUUUCUUCUAGUGGAUGGAAUUGAAUUCUGUUAUGUCAAUAGAAUUUGUCCUUCUACCGAGGACUAGUCUAGUUUUCAAAUGCAGCUUAAUUAUGCCUGCUGAUUUUUGAACCAGAUUGUUGAAGCGUAUAAUCCUAGCUCAAAAGCAGGACAGAAUCAAAUGGACUUCUCUACCACUGCAACUUGGUUUCACAAGGUGGAAGUUUGAAGCUUUAGCCCUGCAAAGACUCGUUGACAUAAGGUGUCUUCAGUGCAGCAGAAGUGGUUCAUGGUGAGGAACGGAAGGGCAAUUUGUUGGAUGAUUAUGUCAUACUUCACAGCAGCAACUAACUUUGGAAGAUGGAGCUGCGUAAAGCAAGGACAUAUUUAUUGUAUAUAAUUGUAGAAGACACAAUUCAGCCCCAAGGAUGUUCCAUUUGUAACAAAAAAUACACAUCAAACAAGCUUUGUUUUCCUGCAGUAUUGAACUGACUGUUGCCGUCUGUUGGUAUCGAUUUUGCUUCUUUCCCCACAAAUUAUAAUAGGAAAGAGAGCAUAUACGCUCAAGCUGGGUAGUAGUGGCAUGGUAAAAGUUUAUCCGCACUUGAUCUUUGCUCAAGUAUGCUUCAACCAUUGCACAAUUGGGGAGAUCAUGAAGGCCUCA